AACGUUUCUGGGUUUUGCCCCCAAAGGACUGUGCUACUUAUCUGUGGAGUCCUUCUCCUCUUUACUUUCAUUUUAGAACACAGAAAAGGCAACCUGCAUGUCACAUCCUUAGAAGAUGCGGAAUGCUGCAGGACCAAGGAGCGCCUUUCUAAUGGAAACAGUAGCGCCGCAGCCUCCAAGUCUGCCCGAAAUAUCCCGAGGAGACACACGCUAGGUGGGCCCCGAAGUUCCAAAGAAAUCCUGGGAAUGCAGACAUCGGAGAUGGAUAGAAAGAGAGAAGCAUUCCUGGAACAUCUGAAGCAGAAAUACCCGCACCAUGCCACAGCGAUCAUGGGACACCAAGAGAGGCUGAGAGACCAGGUUUUGCAGUGCAUGCUGAAUUCUCUUCAGGCAGAACUUGAUAUCCAAAGGUACUUGAUGAAAAUUGAAUCGUCUCAGCGAACCAGAAGCCCCAAACUGUCUCACAGUCCUCAACCUCCUAAUUUGGGUGACCCAGCUGAGCAUUUAUCAGAGACAUCUGGGGAUUCUUUGGAAGCCAUGUCUGAGAGCGAAGUACCAAGUCCUUUCUCCAGAGGGAGCCGGACUCGAGCAAGCCUUCCCGUGGUGAGGUCAACCAACCAGACAAAAGAGAGAUCUUUGGGGGUUCUCUAUCUCCAGUAUGGAGACGAAACCAAGCAGCUCAGGAUGCCGAAUGAAAUCACAAGCGCAGACACAAUCCGCGCUCUCUUUGUAAGUGCCUUUCCCCAGCAGCUCACCAUGAAAAUGCUGGAGUCACCUAGUGUCGCCAUUUACAUCAAAGACGAAAGCAGAAAUGUCUAUUAUGAAUUAAAUGAUGUAAGGAAUAUUCAGGACAGAUCACUCCUCAAAGUGUACAACAAGGAUCCUUCGCAUGCAUUUAAUCACACACCAAAAACUUUGAAUGGAGACAUGAGGAUGCAGAGAGACAUCGUUUAUGCAAGAGGAGAUGGCCCUGGUGCCCCCCGACCUGGAGCCACAGCUCAUCCACCCCACGCAAUUCCCAGUUCUCCACCACCCACUCCUGUGCCCCACUCCAUGCCUCCUUCCCCAUCCAGAAUUCCUUAUGGGGGCCCCCGCCCCAUGGUUGUUCCUGGCAAUGCCACCAUCCCCAGGGACAGACUGUCCAGCCUGCCAGUCUCCAGGUCCAUCUCACCAAGUCCCAGCGCCAUUUUGGAAAGAAGAGACGUCAAGCCAGAUGAAGACAUGAGCGGCAAAAACCUGGCGAUGUACAGAAAUGAGGGCUUCUACGUGGAUCCUUACCUGUACCACGAGGGGCGGAUGAGCAUAGCUUCGUCCCAUGGUGGGCACCCCCUGGACGUCCCCGAUCACAUCAUUGCAUAUCACCGCACAGCCAUUCGGUCAGCGAGUGCUUAUUGUAACCCCUCACUGCAAGCAGAAAUGCAUAUGGAGCAGUCCCUGUACAGACAGAAAUCGAGGAAGUAUCCAGAGAGCCAUUUGCCUACGCUGGGCUCCAAAACACCGCCCGCGUCUCCGCACCGCGUCGGUGACCUGCGGAUGAUGGACCUGCACCACAACGCCCACGGGCCCCCUCACACUCUGCAGCCUGACCGCGCCUCCCCCAGCCGCCAGUCCUUCAAAAAGGAGCCGGGCACCCUGGUGUAUAUUGAGAAGCCACGGAACACUCCAGGAUUGUCUGGCAUCGUGGACCUCGGCCCUCCUCUAGUUGAGAAGCAAGUUUUUGCCUACAGCACUGCUACGAUCCCCAAAGACAGAGAGACCAGAGAGAGGAUGCAAGCCAUGGAGAAGCAGAUUGCCAGUUUAACUGGCCUUGUGCAGUCUGCGCUUUUUAAAGGGCCCAUUACAAGUAGUAGCAAAGAUGCAUCUAGUGAGAAAGUGAUGAAAACCACCGCCAACAGGAACCACACAGACAGUGCAGGCACACCCCACAUCUCUGGUGGGAAGACUCUGGGUGCCCUGGAGCCCACGACGCCCUCCAGCCAGCCCCUGCCUGCCGGCACCUCGGCCAUCCACAUGAGCCUGCUUGACAUGAAGCGGAACGUGGCCGAACUCAGGCUCCAGCUGCAGCAGAUGAGGCAACUCCAGCUGCAGAACCAGGAGCUGCUGAGGGCCAUGAUGAAGAAGGCCGAGCUGGAAAUCAGCAGCAAAGUGAUAGAAACCAUGAGGAGACUGGAGGAUCCGGUGCAGCGACAGCGCACCCUGGUGGAGCAAGAGAGACAGAAGUACCUUCACGAGGAGGAGCGGAUUGUCAAGAAGUUAGGGGAGCUGGAAGACUUUGUUGAAGACUUAAAGAAGGACUCUUCUUCUGCUGGCCGCGUGGUCACUCUAAAGGACGUGGAGGAUGGGGCUUUCCUCCUGCGACAAGUGGGGGAGGCUGUGGCCACCCUGAAAGGAGAAUUCCCGACCUUGCAGAACAGGAUGCGCGCCGUGCUGCGCAUCGAGGUGGAGGCCGUGCGCUUCCUCAAGGAGGAGCCGCACAAGCUGGACAGCCUGCUGAAGCGCGUGCGGGGCCUGACCGAUGUCCUCACCGUGCUGCGAAGACAUGUCACCGACGGGCUCCUGAAGGGCACAGAUGCAGCCCAAGCCGCGCAGUAUGUUGCUAUGGAAAAGGCCACAGCUGCAGAAGUCCUGAAGAAUCAGGAGGAGGCGGCCCAUGCCUCCAGCCAGCCCCUCCAUGGCCCCGGAGUCCCCGGAGACGUGAAAUCGGAAGUGGUGGCCCUGUCCGGCAUGAUGGUUCACCAUGCACAGAGCUCUCCUGUGGUCAUCCAGCCCUCCCAGCACUCCUCAGCCCUGCUGAACCCCGCCCAGAAUGUGCCUGGGGUGACGGGGGCACACACAGCCAGUCCUCCAGGGGUCGCCCAGGAAGUAACCCCUGCGAUGCAGUCAGCCUCCACCCUGCAGUCCCCUCAGGCACCCAUGAAUGGUUCCGCCAUGCAGAGUUUGUUCAUUGAGGAAAUCCACAGUGUGAGUGCCAAGAACAGGGCCGUGUCCAUUGAGAAAGCAGAAAGAAAAUGGGAAGAGAAAAGGCAAAAUCUGGAGCACUAUAAUGGGAAGGAGUUUGAGAAGCUUCUGGAAGAAGCUCAGGCCAACAUCAUGAAGUCGAUCCCAAACCUGGAGAUGCCGCCCACCUCGGGUCCACCACCAAAGGGGGACACCGCAGUGGACAAGUCAGAGCUGUCAGAAGACUCUCCAAAUUCAGAACAGGACUUGGACAAGCUGGGGGGAAAGUCACCUCCUCCCCCGCCACCACCCCCUCGGUGGAGCUACCUGCCUGGAUCGGGACUCACCACCACGAGGUCGGGCGACGUGGUCUACACCGGCAGGAAGGAGAGCGCCACCUCUAAGGCAAGUGGUGAAGAUGCAGGACCAAGCCCACAGAGUCGAGCCACAAAAUGCCCUUUGGAGGAGCCCGCUGCAGCCUGGACCCCUGCCCCACCACCUGUCAUUACCUCUUCCUCAAAGGGGGAUGAGGAAGAGGAAGAAGAAGGAGACAAAAUCAUGGCAGAGCUCCAGGCAUUCCAGAAGUGUUCCUUUAUGGAUGUAAAUUCAAACAGUCAUGCCGAACAGUCCCGGGCUGACAGUCACGUUAAAGACCCUAGGCCAGGCGUCACAGCCCUACCCAAGGAGAAGAAGGGCAUUGUUGGAAGUUGGAGAACAGAACAAGCCCAGAAUUUGGAAUUUUUCCCUGAAGAUGUUCGAAAAUCUGAUGUUGAAUAUGAAAAUGGCCCCCCAGUGGAAGCUCAGAAGGUUCCCACAGGGGUUCAAAGACCUAGUGACCCUCCUAAGUGGGAAACAGGACUGGAGAAUAGCGUUCCUGAUGCAUCAAGAACAUCAGAAUGUAAACCUGACAACUUAAUGAAGGAAAGUUCCUCAGCCAAUAAAAGUUUAUUCAGGGGCAGUAGAAACUAUUGCCAGAAAAAUGUGCCUAAGGUCAUUUUCAAUUUCACUGGCACGAAUUCAUUAGAAGAUGACAUAAACAAAGGGCCUAAAGACCCAGGCCUGCAGCACCCUCUACCUGACACUGACUGUCCAAAGGUGACUUACGGAAAGACAAAAGACACGGGUGAGCAAGGACAAGAAAGUACAGACAAGAGUCACAUUCUUUCCCCUGUGAGAUCCACAGAAUCGAGUGUCCAUGACGUCAAAAUGGCAGAUCCGGAAGUGCUCAUGACAGACUUCGGCCAAGUUGUGCUGAGACCCAAAGGGACAAGGCAUGCGAGUGUAAUUCCCCAUGAGAAUGGAGAGUCCACCCCAAGUUCUCCCACUGAAGAAAACGCAGCCACCGCCGACAACAUUGCCUUUAUGAUCACCAAAACCGCUGUCCAGGUUCUAUCCAGUGGCGAGGUCCAUGAUAUAGUGAGCCAAAAGGGACAGGAGGUACAGACUGUGAACAUCAAUGCCAAAAGAGAGACGACUCUGCAGCAGCAAGGGGCUGAAACUGAAGAGCCUGUUGUGUGUCUGGACAAGAAACCAGUCAUCAUCAUUUUUGAGGAACCCAUGGACAUCCGGUCUGCCUAUAAGAGACUUUCGACCAUCUUUGAGGAAUGUGAUGAGGAGCUAGAGAGAAUGAUGACAGAGGAAAAGAUAGAGGAGGAGGAAGAGGAGGAAAACGGAGACCCAGUAGUCCAGAGUAACACUUCCCGGAAGUCUCCUCAGCAGGUUGCCUCUGGCAUCCAUCGUGUGGGACAGCAGGAGGGGACGAAAUUCCAGCCGUACCUCCUGUCCACAGAGACCAAGACCCCAGGAAGACAGGAAGCGAAUAAAAGCGACCAGAGCACGUCCAGCCCCGCAGACUCUCCUAACGCAGACAGCAAGUGUGACAUGGCCGAUGACCAAUUUGAAAGCCCCAAGAAAAAGUUUAAAUUCAAGUUCCCCAAGAAGCAACUCGCCGCUCUCACUCAGGCGAUUCGCACAGGAACCAAAACGGGGAAGAAGACCCUGCAGGUGGUGGUGUACGAAGAGGAGGAAGAGGACGGCGCUCUGAAACAGCACAGGGAAGCCAAGCGCUUCGAAAUCACCAGGUCACAGCCCGAGGACACCUUGAGAAAUCUAGCCAGGAGGCCAGAGCCGCCCAGUCUAGAGAGCACAUGUCAGAUCUCAAGAACUGACGAGAUUAGAAAAAAUACCUACCGAACGCUGGACAGCCUCGAGCAGACCAUUAAACAGCUCGAAAACACGAUCAGUGAGAUGAGUCCCAAAGCCCUAGGGGAAACCGCGUGUUCUUCCGACAGAGCUUCUGUCGCAAGCUCACCCCACACGGCCCACGAGGCCUCUCCCCGAAACUUGCUAGUUCUGGAUGAAGCCCCCCCUGCCGUAGAGCCCCCCACGUCAGUAUCUGCAGCUUCACGUAAGGGCUCCAGUGCAACCCCACAGACAAGCCGGAUGCCUGUUCCUAUGAGUUCCAAGAGCCGACCCGGCAGCCUGGACAAACCCAGCAAGCAGUCCAAACUGCAGGAUCCCCGCCAGUACCGUCAGGCUAAUGGAAGUGCUAAGAAAGCUGGUGGGGAUUGUAAGCCUACUUCCCCCUCCUUCCCUGCUUCUAAGAUCCCAGCCCUUUCUCCCAGCUCUGGGAAAAGCAGUUCUCUGCCCUCUUCUAGUGGUGACAGCUCUAACCUCCCUAAUCCACCUGCUGCUAAACCAUCGGUUGCUUCUAACCCUCUCAGCCCCCAAACAGGACGACCCGCACACUCCGCCUCCCACAUCCCUUCUGUCUCUAAUGGCUCCUUAAAGUUUCAGAGCCCCACUCACACCGGGAAGAGUCCCCACCUCUUCUCACCGCAGACUCCCAAUGGCCGGGCCGCCCCUCCUGCCUCAGCCUCCGCCUCGCCCUCCCCGCCCUCCCCUGCCUCGCCCACCGCCCCGAGCCAGGGCGCCAAGGGCUCGAGGACCAUCCACACUCCCGCCCUCACCAGCUACAAGGCGCAGAAUGGAAGUCCAAGCAAAGCCACCCCAUCCACGGCCAAGGAAACCUCUUAGAGGCUAAAUCCCAUUAGGCACAAGUUGGAAUUAAUUUUUUUAAUUUUUUUUUUUUUUUUUUUUUUUUUUUUUAGCAGUCUGCAACUGUUUUCACCAGAGAAUGUAAAAUAUUACUGUACCGUUGAGGCUUAAUGCAAAGUAUGUGCUAAGUACUGGAUGGAUAGAUCUCAGUAAGACUUUUGUUUUUUACUUUGUUCCUGUUGUAACUGCAUAGUAUUUACUGUCUAGAUUCAAUACCUAUUAACUGAAGUCAGCAUGUGCUACAAAAAGAGGGUUUGGUGAGCGCAAAGGGUGCGUGAGAGCUGAGAAGAUUGUAUUAAGCAUGUAAAACAUGUAUGAUUCCAGAAUUUUAGUAUGUUUUGUAUAAAAAUAUUUUUCAUUAUGGAGACUAGAAGUGAACAGAGAAAUACACAAGUGUGACUAUAUAAAUUGUAAAACAGAUACUAGAGUACUUCCUUUUAUUUUAGUGUUCUUUAGCUUUAUUACAGAUUUCUAUUUUUGUCAGAACUUCAUGGUUCCUUUCAAGAUCUUUUUUGCCAAAACAUUUUGAUACUAUAGCAUUGUACAUUUGAAAGUAGUGUGCUAGACGAUAAACCAAUGAACUUCUACACAAGCCGAUAGGGAGGCAUAUGUAGGGAGCAAUGUAUCAGAACUAUUGCACUGCCAUGAAAAGUAUAUAUAAUAAUUUGCUAGCCCGAGCAAGCUAGUUUUCUUUGCUUUUUUUUGUCUUUUUACAUUUUUUUUUUUUUAAUUUUAACAUACUGAAAUUCUCUAGCUGGUUUCUUCAGAAUAUCUAGCCCCCUUCCUUUAUUUUCUGAGACCUGGUAACCCACACUACUACAUUGUGGAUUUUAAAAUGUACACUUCUGUACGGUUCUGUAAACUGAUCAACUUUUGUAAAUAUAUAAAUAUAAAUAGACAUAAAAAUACUGUAUGUGACCACACAUAGAGUAGCUUUCCCACACCAAAGUUACUUUUUAUGCAUGCUUUAAAAAUAUAUAUUGGGAUGGGUAGACAUGGGACUAUCCACACCUUUUUAAAAAGCAACAAGUUUGCACAGUUGGAGUGUUUUUGUAAAUAAAUGUAUUUGUAUAACACCGUCAUGUAAUAUACAGAACUAUAAGCAGAGACUUUGCCAAACUAAAUAAAGGGCUGCAUGCUUA